CUGGAAAGGGAAGAUGGCAGCACACCAAUGGAGACUAAAUAUUUCAUAGAUACUAAAACUGAUGAGGUGCCUCAGGAAAACAUUGAGGCAUUUUCAACGAUCAAAGAUGGAAUGAUUGAAGAUUGGGACAGUUUCCAGGCCAUUAUAGACUACACAUAUAAAAUGCUCACCGAGUCAAAGUCUCACUUAUAUCCGGUGCUGAUGUCCGAGGCCUCUUGGAAUACUCAUGAAAAACGAGAGAAACUGACAGAGCUGAUGUUUGAGCAUUAUAAUAUUCCAGAGUUCUACCUCGGCAAAACUGCAAUUCUUACUGCAUUUGCUAACGGUCGAUCUACAGGUCUUGUUUUGGAUAGUGGUUCCACACAUACUACAGCCAUUCCUGUACAUGAAGGCCGUGUAAUUCAACAAGGGAUUGUAAAAUCACAGCUAGGCGGGGACUUUAUUACUCAACAGUGUAGAGAACUAUUUCAAGAGAUGAAUGUGGACCUAAUCCCCCCAUAUAUGAUUGCUUCAAAGCAAGCAGUACCGGUGGGUGCAGCAGCCAAUUGGAAAAGAAAGGAAAAUCUACCGCAAGUUACUAAUUCCUGGAAUAAUUAUAUGUGUAAUCAUGUGAUACAGGAUUUCAAGGCAUCUGUCCUCCAAGUUUCAAAUACAGUUUACCACGAGAAUAUAGCAGCCAAGCUGCCUACUGUCCAUUACGAGUUUCCCAACGGCUAUAACUAUAACUUUGGUGUCAAACGGCUAAGAAUCCCAGAGGGGUUAUUUGAUCCUUCAACUGCUAAGGGUUUGUCUGACAAUACUGAGCUUGGUGUUAGCCAUAUUGUGUUGACAAGUGUUGGAAAGUGCGACAGUAGCAUUGGAUCAAAAUUGUAUGGGGGUGUGAUCGUAGCAGGAGGAAAUACCUUGUUGCGGGGUUACACUGACAGACUGACGAGUGAACUCUCAAAAAAAAUACCACCGAAAAUAAGGUUAAGAAUGCUCACAAACGAGAUAGCUGUAGAAAGGAGAAGACUUAGUGCUUGGCGUGGCGGCUCUACCAUAGCGUCUAUGGAAACCUUUAGUGAGAACUGGAUUUCAAAGCAGGAAUAUGAAGAAGAAGGCACACAGUGUGUGGAGAGAAAAUUCCCCUAACUGCUUCAAAACCAUCACAUGGUUCCCACACCCUAAUCUGAAAUCAUUUUAGAGCAUUUAGGAAAACAAAGUGACAACUUCUCUAGCUAUGAUAUAGUUUACACAACAUACAAAAGUAAUAUCAUGAUUGUUUUCCUUUAGUUAAUA